CAGAGCGAGCGAAGCAGCGUUGCUUUCUGCCGAUCAAAAUCAUGGCAUUCGAAGUUGUCAACUCAAAUGUUUGACAAUGUCUGCCGGUGACAGCAAGAAACCAGCGAUAGAAAAUGAUAACAACCGACUAUUCGGUUGAAUCGAAAGAAUCCUCGUACAUGGGUUUUGAUCGUGGAAUCGACUCUGACAUCGAGAUUGACCCUGGGUGCCGCUCCGUCGAGGAGCAAGGGAACGCUACAGAUCCUGUCACAGCAGGAAGAUGCUCCAGCGAACCGCACCUCAAGAGAAAGAUGGUACUGACGCCAAAACUUGCGAGAUGGGAAAGUCUGGAUCCUCCAGAAUCAGGUGAUUCUCAAACGCUGGUGCCCUCAGAAUUGAAUAUUGUUGGAAGGGAUAAAAGCGAUUCUCAUCAGUUGAAGACGAGUGAAAGUGGGACUAACAGUGGGAAACAGACAUUACCUUCUCUCCUGAAUGAUGCCCCAAAAGUGUUCCCAAAUCACAAACAGUCUGAGCAAGGAAAUUCAAAUGUCUUUCUUCUCGAAACUCCUGCUGCUAUUACAGUUGCUGCCCCUCACAAUUCAGGAGACUCCUUCACUAGUAUAGGAACUCACUCCGUUGGCUUUCUAAAAUAUGCCCCCGUUUCUCAAAGAGUUCUGAAAUACACCAGUGAUUCUCUGCUUAUCAUGCUGAGUGGAAUUUAUGCUAAAUUGCUGGUUGUAAUGGGGAUUUGUUUUCCUGUUGCAGAAGUGAUAUCAAAAAAGAUCCCUGUAUCCUAUUAUGAAGGUUUCUUUUUAUAUUUGUAUGGAGGAAGCAUAUCUUUUCUUUUGUUCAUGUACUGUUUCAUACUGCGAUCUGAAAGGUGCUGUAAAAGUCUAGUCUGCAAAAAAGGAAUAAACUCUUGCUUAAGAUCAAUGAGUAAAUCAAAUAAUUCUGUACCUCAGUCAGAGGAAGAAAAUGGUAGCUUUCGUAACAGCAACAAGAGUUUAAACCAUCCAUCAAAACAAAACAAAGUCUCUGUAGUUAAAGAGCAUGGAAACUUUUACCUAAGACUUGGUGCUGUUGCAUUUGGAAUUGCAAGCAUGAUCUAUUCCGGAUUAGAAUUUGGGCAGUUUUUUGAAUUAGAGUCUGGAACCAGUUGUUAUAAUAUUUUAUAUGGAGUUAGUCCUAUAACAAGAAUGGCUUUUACUUUUAUCCAGAUGUAUUUCAUAUUUCUUAAUUCACAGGUCUGCAUAAAAAAAUACAAAGUCCUGGCAAGAUUUGGACUCAUGCAUAUGAUAGCCACAAAUCUUUGCAUCUGGUUGCAUGUGUUAGUUCAAGAAACUAAACAUGGGAUAUUAACCUUGAUCAAUGUUAAUUUCACAUUGCCGUUGUCUUCAUCUGUUCCAUUGAAUAUAGUGGCUGAAGUUGCCACUGAAGAGAACUUCACCAACUCUUUAUUUGAACAACCUAUCAAUCACACAAGAGUAGAACGUUCACUUCAUGAGCAAAUUUCCCAUGUUAUCUUUGAGUGCAGAAGAUCCAAUAUAAUGGGAGAACUUGUACAAGAAGCAAGUCAUUUUUUAUUCCCCUGUACGAUACAAUAUAGCCUUAUUUGUGCAGCUAUUUUAUAUAUCAUGUGGAAGAAUAUAGGGAAGCAGAAACAUAUAAAAUGCAACACUGCUAGCAAUACUUCUUCUCUGAGUGCUCUUCAAAGGCAGUAUUACCAGGUUGAUUGUACUAAAGCUAACAAGGGCCUGUUCACUGGUAUUUUAAUUCUUGUGUUGUCUAUUAUCAGUAUCAUACUGUUUUUUGUUCUCAUUAAUAAACCAAACUACAAAGCUCUAGCAAUAAUGGAAGCUAGAAUUACUGAGCUUAGUUUAUACCUUCUGACUUCCAUAGCAGUUGCUGCAGCAUUGCUCCAAGUUCGAGAAUUAAAAUACAACUCAAAUCAAGACACUGAACUUGAUCAUAUACUUCUAAUUGUAGCACAGAGUGGUUUGUAUCUUUUCACCAUGUUCAGCAUUAUAGGUGGACAUUUCACAACUGAUGACAAUACACUUCUGGUACUUGCAACAUCAUUAGCGUGUAUCAUACAGGCUACUCUUCAAACCAUUUUCAUUUUGGAUGCUUCUCGUUGCUAUACCAGUACAAUAGAUCAGUUAAGAAGAAAGCCAGGACGGGAACUGGUUACGUUCCUUUUAGUUUGCAAUUUUGCGAUGUGGGCUAUGAACACAUUACAAACUCAGAGAUCAGAUUCAAAUCCUAUUCAACUGAAGUUUUAUGGCUUUUGGGCUUGGACAAUAAUAACUCAUAUCACAACACCACUUGCGAUUUAUUUCCGAUUUCACUCGACUGUUUGUUUGUGUGCCAUUUGGAAAAAAAGUUACAAGAUAAGACCUGAUUAUGUGUGAAUAUUAUGAUAUGGUCACAUAAUGCAAGAAAACAAGUAGUUUUUAACGUAGCUUUAUUUUGAAUGCAAUAUAUAUUGAUAUGUUACAAAAAGUUUGAAAACAGUAUGUUGAUAUGUUUUAUAUCUUUGAGAAAAUAUGACUUAAUAUUUUCUCAAACAUAAUUAAUAUUAAGUUCCUAAAAACAAACUGAUGAACUGCAGACUGAAAAAAUGCAUGUACAUUCAUGUAUAAUUUGCAUAUGUUUCAAAACAUUUAUGAAUUAACUCUUGUGCCUAUUUUAGUCACAGUUUUUAUAACAUUUAAUUUUGUAUUUUAAAGUUUUCAUUUGCUUCACCAUUUUUGUAUUAUUAUUAUUAUUAUUGUGUGUACAUAUAAAUGUUGUGUAUGAUGUCUGUAAGCUUGAAAAUUAAGUAGCAAUGAUAGUAAACCAUUUCUCUUUGCUGUAGUUCUUCGUAAAUUUUGUGUUUGAUUGUUCAGUUGUUCACAGUAAAUCAAAAAUCUGCUUUUCCAGACAUUGAUUCACAUUAAUUGAAUUUGGGCAGUAUUUUUUAUUAAUUAUUCAUAUUAUUUUAACAGAUGAUAAAAGUGUUUUUGAGGUUACUCACAUUUUAAAAUUUACAACUUAGAUUUCUUAAAGAAGCUGCAAAUGGAAAAAUAAGAUACAUUGCCAAUAAUAUCAAACAUAAAAGAAAAAUGCUUUAUCUGACACAUAUUUUAAACAAUUGAGAAUGUACUAUGGGUGUUAACUUUCCUAUUUAUAUCUUGGAACAAUUAAUUGCUUUGAUGGUACUGUGAGUUAUUAUAUCUGCUUAUGUAUAAACACAUAAUUAUAGAUAUUAGAGCAUGCAUAAUAAUUAUAUCUGGGCAAUUAAAGAAUCUUAUUUUCCUCUAAAAGUACAUAUUUGAAUUUUACUUUCUAUAUGAAAAUACACUUAUAUCUCUAACAAUAAAAGCAUUUAUAUAUUUGACUAAUGUUUUAUUUCACUUUCUAGAACUUUGACAAGUCUUGGUUCUCUAAAAUAUUCUUAAAAAUCUACAAUUUCCUUUAAAUUUUCUGCUUCAGUUUUAAAUCCAAAUUAUAGUGACAACUUAAAUGUUUUUAAAAAUAAGUAAUAUUUUAAUUUAAAAUUCCCGUUUAUUUCAUUCUUAUAUUUUAUGGAUAGGUUUAUUUAUCAGAAAUAAAAGAUUUUAUGUAAUAUUUUGUAGGGCAGAAUGAUGUCCAUACAGCUAUACUUUAUUGAUAGAAACUUAACCAGUUAUAAAUUAAAAACAACAAACUUUAUUAGUAUUAAGUUCCUGAAUGCAAGUUGAUGAAUUGUAAACUGAAAAAAUGCAUGAGUGUACAUUUACCAUCUGCAUAUGCUUCAAAACAUUUAUGAUUUGGCCCUCAUGCCUAUUUUAUUUACAGUAUUUGUAACAUUUGAAUUUGUACAGUAAAGUUAAAUACAUUGACUAGACAUUUUACAAACCUGAGUAAUUUUAGGGAUUCAAAGUGAUUUUAUUUGAUAAGAACUGUCAGAUUUUGAAAAAUAUGACUUUUUUUAAACCAUGAUGUGCAUUUAAUUCAUACAUAAAGUACAACACUGCCUUUGAUGGAAUACUUUGGAAACACUAGUGAUUCAUGUAACAAGAGUAGAUUAGUUUAGAAUCUUACAUAUUAUUACAAUCUGCUAAUAAUCAUGAUGACAUAACAAAACAUAGUCCUUAACUUAUGAUGUUUAUGUUUUUGUAAGAGCUAAUGUAGUAUUUUUAGCACAGAUUUUAAUUUUCUAGUUACAUCACAGAAAUGAAGAAAUGUAUACAAUGUAUAUCUAUAUCUAUAGAUUUAAGAUAUAUAAGUCACAUAAGAUCAUAAAAUCAGGAAUUUUAAAUAUCUUGAAUAGUUCAAAUAUGAUACAUAAUGGUUAUAUCUUGAAGACAUUCAAAUAGAAAUGUACCAAGUAUAUCAUACAUGCUACUCCUCAAACCCUACUCAUUUGGAUGCUUCUUGCAGUUAUACUAGGACAAUUGAACAGUUGAGAAGAAAGCCAGUACAGAAACUGAUUACAUUCCUUUUAGUUUGCAGUUUUGCGAUGUGGGUUAUAAACACAUUACAAAUUUAGAGAUCAGAGUCAAAUCCUAUUGUACUGAAGUUUUAUGGCUUUGGGGCUAGGACAAUAAUAAGUCGUAUCACAAUGCCACUUGUUUAAUUAUUUCUGAUUUCAGUCAACUGUUUGUUUGUCUGCCAUUUGGAAAAAAGUUACAAGACCUGAUUUUGUGUGAAUAUUAUAAUAUAGUCGUAUAAUUGAAGAAAGCAAAUAGUUUUUAAUGUAGCUUUGUUUGAAUGCAAUAUAUACUGAAAGGAAUAGAGGAGUAAUAAGAAAAAAGAUAUAUUUGCACUUUGAUUGUUAUUUUGUGUAUAACAGAGCUGUGUAAAAUUGGCAAAAAUCACAUGUAAUGCUUAAAUUACAUUAACUUUGUCAUAAGAAAAUAUUUUCGUAUUCUUUACUGUUUCCUUAAAUUCUACAUGUAAACUCUACGAAGAACAAUCCAUUGCAAGCAGGAUUGUCUAAUUAUUUCUGUUCCAUCAGGUUUUCUCCCUCUGUUUCCAGUGCAGUGUAAUCUUAGUCUAUUUUGUGUAUUUAUAAGCAAUGUGUCUUAUUCCAAAAUGCUUUCUGGUAACCAGUACUUCUCUAUCAUAUUAGAUGUCAAUUCUGCUGAGGCUGAGAUUUGCAUUUAUAUUGCAUGAAAAUGUGUUAUUAAAAUUACAUCUCUAUUGGCUAAGUGUUCUUAGGAAGACAGUGAAUAGCAGUAACAUUUUUGCAUUAAAUGUGUUCAAAGUUUUGAGAUCAGUGUAAUAUUUGUGUGUGUAAAUUAAACUGAUAAAAAUUCAAAAAUUUUUGAUAUUGUUAAAUAUUUGAUGUUUCAAAUGAAAGCUGUGCAGUGUGUUUUUAAAAAAUACAUUAAUAUUUUAUAAAGUAUUACCGUCUUGCUUUCCAUUGUACUUUAGUUCAUUUCUUAGACUUCCAUUUAACUUCUGUAUUUGAAAAGUGUAAACUUGCACUAUAUUGCAGUAUUUCAUUUUUGUUUACAACAUUUCAUAGCAUUAGUAAUAAGGAUUAAAUUAAAAACUGCUGCUUGCUUUUCAUUUUUAGCUAUUCAAUGUUACUGUUAUAUUGUUAGUUGUUUGAUACUAUAGCUUAUGCAAUCAUAAACAAUGCUAAAACACUGAUAAAAGUGUUUGUAUGGCUAAUGAUUGAACUGUAUUAAAUUAAUUUGUCCACAUGUAUUGAGGGACAGUAUGUAAUCAUUCAUUGCCAUUUUUACUGACAUACAUGGGUGUGUAUGUAUUAUUUUCUUUAGAAGUAUAGAUAAAUAGAUUGAAGUUUAUUAUUGAUUUACAUUUUUUUAAUAUGUAUCAGGUAUUAUACAUGUGUUUCUUUCAUUUUGUUGAAUUAGUAAAGUGCUUUCUUUGUAAUAAAAUUGUAUUUUCACCAUAUGUCAUAGAUGGAGUACUUAUAUUUUUUUACAGUGUUGGUACUUGUGCAUUUUAUAAUUCAUUUUUAAAAUGAAAAAACUUUUCUAUGUGAACUUCCAUUAGUAUUUUGAUUAAUCUCUGGAUCAUUUAUGAAGUGGUACUUUUUAAUUUUGUAUGUUACUGGAAGGAAAAAAAAAAAUAAAAAAAUUUGUCUUUCAUGUCUGAGUUAUUUUCUAUAUGAGAAAUAAUAUAAGAAUGUUAUUGAAUCUAAACUAUAAAACUGAAAAAUUCUCAGUACAAGAAACAAUGCUUUAAUAAUAAUAAAAGAGCAAUGUAAUUUGCAAUGUAGACAUACGAAUAAACAGAUUAAACUUGGUUAUA